CAGUAGAUUUUGGUAAUUCCAGCGCAAAUUUCGACGCUAAAGCUGCACCCAUCGACGCUCUAGCAAGUAUUUUUAAAACAGCUUUUCGUCCUGCCAGAGUUGCUGCAUGCGGACCAGGCGUAUAUUGUUCUCCUAACCCUGUCUGGCUCGGCAAUUCUGGAUAUGUUGGAACUGUUGAGUUAGAUACUGAUCGAGGAAAGAAACGAUUCAAAUGUAUGUUUCAAGUAGCUGUGAAUCCUGAUGGUGUUAAAGAGGGUACUCCUGAUAUAUGGGUCGUGCUUAAACCUGAAGAUAUUCGACCCUAUGGUAUUCUUAUCAAAGAAGUUGGUUGA